GUCCUUUCGUGUUUACCUUUCGCUUCGUUUACAUGAUGUGUACCUGAAGGUUGAAUCAAUAAGGUUUGAGGUUGGGUGAUACACGGAGCCAAUCCUCUUGCCUUCCGUUCCAGGAUAAGAGCAAUUACCCGGUGCCAUUGGCUGUUGCUUUGACUUUGAUUCCUCCAGAAGACAUCAUCGCCAUUUCUUGAAACCCGACCAUGGUCUCUGUCUCCAGUGAGUCUGGAGAGACCUUGGCUUUCAGAAAUGAAAAAAGAAUCUCCUGCCGUCGCCAACAAAAUACGCAAUUGAUAUCCAUUUUGUUCGCACCGCAGGAUGUUGCCCUGGUUGACCCAGUGCCUAACCAACUGGUAGCAUCAUUUGACUUCUCUUCGUGUGUUGGUAUUCUGUCUUUCUAUUUGGGCGUUGGGUUGGGUGACAGGACUGGCUCCUGUCUUAUGAUUUCGUGUAUAUAUAUAUAUUUUUUGCUGUAUGCUUUGAAUACACUAGCCUCUUGAUGAUAUCACCGCUGGUACAUCAAUUUACUUUGAAGGCUUU